AUGUCCAGCCAGGUGGUGGGCAUUGAGCCUCUCUACAUCAAGGCAGAGCCAGCCAGCCCAGACAGCCCCAAGGGCUCCUCGGAGACUGAGCCCGAGCCCCCUGUGGCCCUGGCCCCUGGCCCAGCUCCCACACGCCACCUUCCAGGCCACAAGGAAGAGGAGGAUGGGGAGGGGGCUGGGCCCGGUGAGCAAGGCGGCGGGAAGCUGGUGCUCAGCUCCCUGCCUAAACGCCUGUGCCUGGUCUGUGGAGACGUGGCCUCGGGCUAUCACUAUGGUGUGGCGUCCUGUGAGGCCUGCAAAGCUUUCUUCAAGAGGACCAUCCAGGGGAGCAUCGAGUACAGCUGCCCGGCGUCCAAUGAGUGCGAGAUCACCAAGCGGAGACGCAAGGCCUGCCAGGCCUGUCGCUUCACCAAGUGCCUGCGGGUGGGCAUGCUCAAAGAGGGAGUACGUCUGGACCGUGUCCGGGGCGGGCGGCAGAAGUACAAGCGGCGACCAGAGGUGGACCCACUGCCCUUCCCAGGACCCUUCCCUGCCGGCCCCCUGGCAGUGGCUGGAGGCCCUCGGAAGACGGCCCCAGUGAACGCACUGGUGUCCCACCUGCUGGUGGUUGAGCCCGAGAAGCUGUAUGCCAUGCCCGACCCAGCGGGCCCUGACGGACACCUCCCGGCCGUGGCUACCCUCUGUGACCUCUUUGACCGAGAGAUUGUGGUCACCAUCAGCUGGGCCAAGAGCAUCCCAGGCUUCUCGUCGCUGUCACUGUCGGACCAGAUGUCAGUGCUGCAGAGCGUAUGGAUGGAGGUACUGGUGCUGGGUGUGGCCCAGCGCUCACUGCCGCUGCAGGACGAGCUGGCCUUCGCCGAGGACCUGGUCCUGGAUGAAGAGGGGGCACGAGCAGCUGGCCUGGGGGAACUCGGGGCUGCCCUGCUGCAGCUAGUGCGGCGGCUGCAGGCCCUGCGGCUGGAGCGGGAGGAGUACGUCCUGCUGAAGGCCCUGGCCCUUGCCAACUCAGACUCUGUGCACAUUGAAGAUGCGGAGGCUGUGGAGCAGCUGCGAGAAGCUCUCCAUGAGGCCCUGCUGGAGUAUGAAGCAGGCCGGGCGGGCCCCGGAGGGGGUGCUGAGAGGCGGCGGGCAGGCAGGCUGCUGCUUACACUACCACUCCUUCGCCAGACAGCGGGCAAAGUGCUGGCCCAUUUCUACGGGGUGAAGCUGGAGGGCAAGGUGCCCAUGCACAAAUUGUUCUUGGAGAUGCUUGAGGCCAUGAUGGACUGA